CGGAAAUUCUUUGUAUAACUGCGAGCAACUCACCUCAUCCAUAUUCACGAUGAUGCAUUGAAAGCCCAGCGAUCUCGCUGUCUAGAGUACGGCUUUACAUCACACCUCUAUAACCAACAAGAACCAUUUCAUGUCUUCGAAUCCCUUCCACGACCGGCCCUAAUUGAACCAACCAACCCAUCAUGUUCUCCGUCAUCAUCCCCGGCCGGCCAUGUCUGACCGACAUCGUCGCAGUGGACGGCCAACCGAACGGCCAAGCCACCAAAUACGCCUUCACCUUCCCGCAGAACCCGUCCUUCACCGAGCUCGUGGUCUUCUUUCUCCCGGGCACCGUCCUGCCCCCAGACACCGCCGCAGCAAUCUACAUCCAAUUCCCGGACUCCGCACAAUUCCGCUUCAUCGGCGCCCUAGCCAACGAGCGUCCCUCCGCCGUCUUCAAAGUCCACCCACCUUCCUCCUCACAGCAGCAACGCACCGAAGCACAAGAUGAAGACGAGAUGCUGGACGCAGGCGGGUCGGCGGCCACGGCGACGGUGACACUGGGCAUCUCCAUUGAGCCCGUCCAGGCCGUUGCGCCGCAGCUCGCCGCGCUGGAAGCGGAGAGUUCCAGCAGUGGCGGUGCAUUGGAGCUGGCGCGCUCGUCGCGCAACAUCAGCCCCAUCAGCACGAAGGUCCUGGCGCAGCGCAUCAUCGGUAAUGCGUUUAAUUUCCUGGCUAGCUUUGCGUCGUCCGAUAAAGGUCAGGAUGUCGUCCCGUUGAAGAGUUUUCAGGAUUGGUGGAAGAAGUUUGAGAGGCGCGUUGAUAUGGAUCCUACGUUUUUGGAGCGUGAGGAUCCUACGGCUACGGGGUGAUUUUGGGGGUUGUGUUCGAGUAUGUGUGCCGUGGGAGUGGUACUGGGUUAUAUCUUUCGGGACUUGAGCGGUGGAGGGCUUUAUAUGUUUGUGUGUGUAUGUGCUUAGCUAUUUCCAGAUACCAACGCGCUUCUGUGUAGCAAUGAUACCUAUCUAUACAUCUCAU